AGCUUGUAAGAUAUAUCACAACUGAGACUCAACAAGGCGCAACACAUAGCCAAGAAACACCCAAGAGGUAGGGCAAAGUCCGAUCCAGCAAUGGCACCCAGCAGAGAGGCGUGCGCGGUCGCCAUGGCCAUGGCGGCGCCGUUCAUCGCGAUGGCAAGCAACAUCGACGCCGGCAACCUGGAGAAGAGGCGCAGGACCUCGUCCGACAAGCUCCAGCGCACCGUGUCCGACGUCUCCUACGAGCUCCACCACCACGGCCGUGCCAAGGAGGAGGAGGAGGCGGCGGCAGAGGCGGAGAUGAAGCUGCUCCACCCGGUCCCGGAGGUGGAGGACGCCAAGUGCGAGUGCUGUGGCAUGUCAGAGGAGUGCACGCCCGAGUACAUCCUCGGCGUGCGCGGCCGCUUCUCGGGGCGGUGGGUCUGCGGGCUGUGCGCGGAGGCCGUGACGGAGGAGGCCGAGAAGAGCGGCACGUCGCGGGAGGAGGCGCUCCGAACGCACAUGGGCGUGUGCAAGAGGUUCAACGGCUUCGGGAGGACGCACCCGGUGCUAUUCCAGGCGGAGGCCAUGAGGGAGAUCCUCAGGAAGCGCUCCAAGCUCGGGCCCAGGUCUAGGUCCAGCAUCAACCCCCGGGAGGUCAGGGAAAGCGCCUCCAAGGCAAAGGCUGCCGCUGCCGGAGGCGGCAUCGCUCGCAGCUCCAGCUGCAUGCCGUUCAUCACUGACGAGUGAUCAAAUAUGCUGGCUCGAUCAUUGGCUAACUUCGAGCAUGAGAAGGUGCUAACGCCGAAGGACAAGUUGUCUGAAGACUAUGAAGCCUUUAUGGUUUUCAUGUUUUUGGGCUAGGGGUGCAUGUUUUACACGCCUUUAUGGUGUGCGUUUUUCCUGCCCCGCUAGCUUAGGGCAUGUACAAUGGUCUAGAUAGAUGGUGUCUGUAAUAGCACUCCAUAUCAUAUAUAGACAGUAGUAUAGACAGUGUCUACAGUGGUCUGUCUGUAAGCUAUCUAUUUUUAGCCAUAACCAUGUAUGAGUAUAAGUUAUAGACACCCUUCAUACAACAACAAAAAUGCUGUCUGUAAGCCGUCUGUAAGAAGACUACAGACUGUCUGUAACUUUACAGACAGCCUCCCUCUCUCUCCUCAUUCUCUUUCCUCCACAUCACCAAAAUCAGCUAUAACUACCCCUUACAGACAGCUGAGUCAUCACCAUUGUACAUGCCCUUAUCUAGUAGAAACUUGAGCACUACUGUAGUAACCAGCCAUAUUCGUUUUUUUUAUGGGUACAAGUCUGUCCUGGAUUUGGUUGAUGGAUAACCCUUCAUGUGGCUGUGUUUGGGUGCGGUUUAGCAGUUUUUACUUGUUUUUGGAUGCGGUUUUUGUUGCAUCUCUUUUGGCGUGCUUUCAUCUCAAGGAGCAUUAGGAUCGGCCCCGUCUUCCAUUGAUUACAUGUUAACUGCCUUAA